GGCGAUAUUCAUAAAUUGGUAUUCUUUCUUCUAAUUAAAUUUCAAUCUAAAUCUCGUAAUCUGAUAUGAAUUUUUUUUAUACUUUGGACUUUGGAUUCUGUUCAGAUCAGUGAUGGACGCAGCCGCUAUUAGGGAGAGAUUUUUAACAACCGGUUGUUCAAUAUUGGAUGCAAAACUUAAGGGCGGUUUACCUUGCAGGGGUAUCACGCAGAUUUAUGGUGCUGCUGGCACAGGGAAGACACAAUUAGCUCUACAGAUGUGUCUUACUGUUCAAUUGCCGAUAACCAUGGGUGGUCUUGAAGCUGGUGCCAUAUAUAUUUGCACAGAAACUGCUUUUCCAUCAAAACGAUUGCAGCAAUUGUUGAAGAAGUCAGAAAUAACUAAAGCUCAUUCCGUGACUGGAGAUGUGAUAUUUGUGACACAUAUAGCCACUAUUGAAGAAUUGGUAUUGUGUCUGCAACGCAAGGUUCCAGUGCUAAUGAAUGCUCAUAAGAUAGGAUUGUUAAUCAUCGAUUCGAUAGCUGCCCCUUAUAGAUCAGAGGAUUGGAAAGAUCAAGGUAAAACUAAAAGAAGCAUCGGAAGACAAUUACAUGAACUUUGUAAAAAUGACGACUUAUGCGUGAUCUGCAUUAAUCAGGUUUCUGCAGUUAUAGAUGGUCACAUUCUUAUCAGUGAAAAUGCGAAUGAGCAACCAGCUUUAGGAUUCACAUGGUCUAGCAUGAUAACCAAUUCUAUAUACUUUUACAGAAAAAAUUCCUUGCGAUACGCUUGCGUAAUGCUAGCUUCACAUUUGCCAAGGCUUACAUUCCAAUUUGAAGUGAACGAAUCUGGAGUCAAGGCGAUUGAAUAA